AUGAAACAAUUGAUCGACACAUCGACAAACAUUUUCUCAGCCGCAAGCGAACGUAAGGUAAGUGCGAAAAAAAUAUCAACUGUGAACACAUCUUGCAAAAUUGCAGAUCUACUAAAAGAAUACAUCGACAUCACUAAACCAACACCGACAAAUCGCCAGGUGAUCAAAGUCACUCACCACAUAUUAACAAAAGGUCCACCAAUAUGUGAGAGACCACGUAGAUUACCUCCAGACAAGUUAGCAGCAGCAAAAGAAGAAUUCCAAAACUUAGUCACAGCCGGAAUAUGCCGUCCAUCAAGUAACAAUUGGGCUAGCCCCUUACAUAUGGCAAUUACCUUAGCGAAGACAUGCGAGGCAACAACGGAGAUGCGUGAGUGUCGCUCGCCAAAGGAUUGGUCUCUGUUGGCUUUGCAGAACACACGCACUGGAAAAUCUCAUUAUCUAGUAAUAUGCAGGUGUCCAGAUCAUUUUAAAAUGGAGGGACCAAUGGCACAUGAUCAACCAACCUAUGCUAGCGUACCAGGCAUACGUGUAUUUGGCAUGAUGUGUGUUAAACCCGGUUACUCAGUGCGUAAGCCAUCGGCUCAACCUCCAAAACGUUACCAGCUGCAAAAACCCUUCUACAGGCCACAAAAUGUACAAAGCAGCAGUAGCAGUUUCUUAAGCAACAGUCAAUUCAAUAAUAAGGAUAAUUAUGGACGUCCAACAUAUGGGCUAAAUAAUGGCGGUUCAUCUUCCAGCAGUAAUUAUCAUGGUCAAGAUAUAUACUCAAAUCAACAUCAAAGCGGAUAUCAAUAUCUGAAUAGACCAGAAAGCUCACACAGCUCACCACUAAGUUCAUCGAAUUAUCGUCCAGAAUCGAUCAAUAAUUUCCAAAAUGGUAUAUAUGGCAGAAAUAAUGAACGCAAAGGAGCCACAUCUAUAGAAGCAGCAACAGAAGAAGACAACAAAAGCUCUAUCAGCACAAGUACAUUACCCACAGAAGAAGCGAGAACCACAAUGACAGCAGCUGACAGUGAAAUUAACAGCAGCAGCUCAGCAGCGGACCUGGGUGUGACCAUUAGUGCAGACUCGAGCACAACCAUACAAAGUGAAGAAAAUAAGCGUGAGAAACGCUCUCUCGCUGAAAAUACUAUUGAUCUAGAUGAUGACACGCCUGAGUUUCCAUGGGAUCGUGUGUUGGAGUUUCAGCAGACAAUUGUUUGGGACUAA